UUCCUCCGUGAUACUAAACUUCCCGUUGAGACACUUCGAAUCAUUUGGGAUCUCUCCGACCUCGAUCGAGACGGCUACUUGGACCGCUUUGAGUUCAUUCUGACGAUGCAUCUCGUUUGUCUCUGUCUGGAGGGUCGUUCCCUGCCCCAAACCCUUCCUAUAAGUCUCAUUCCACCUAAUAAGCGUGGAGGAGUGUCGGAACCCCUUGCCCUAAUGCCGCCUCCCUCUCUCCCUCUUUCCACCUCAUCUGGUCUCUCUGAUUUCAGCGUUACUUCACCAACAACUCCGUCUGUGUUGGUCAGUUGCGUUUUUCUAUUUCUCACUUUUUGUCACUGGUCCUUGGCCACGCUGCAUAUAUCUUGCAUUUUGUGA